GGAUUUGGGAAAACCCUCUGCCGGCAGUUUAUAAAAAGGACAAUGGAUCCCAAUAGUUCUUCACUUUUCACUUUCACUUCAAGUGGAUCUUACUGCCUCUUGACUCCUCACCUCACCCCAUCUCUCGCUACUUAUAUUCACGAUGGCCUUCACGCCAAAAGCCUGCAGUCUUUUCCUGGUGGUUUUGCUGGGAGUUUGUAUACAGCUCAACGGAGCUCAACACGUCCCAGGUGCCAGAUGCAAAUGCCCAGGAACCAUUAUGCACACUCAGGAAAUCAUUGAUGACUUUGAAAUCAUUGAAAAGACCCAUUACUGCGACACUACUGAAAUCAUUGUUACACUGGCGGAAGAUGGAGCCAGAAGGUGCCUGAACCCCGCUGGAAGGAAGGCCAUGUUUUUCGUCAACUGCUGGAACAGAAUAAACAAGGACGACAAGCAAAAGAAGAGGUGUCUUAAGAGAAAAGCAGAGUGAACAUAACGGAGGAGGGGAGAAGGAAAGGACGACAAGCAAAAGAAGAGGUGUCUUAAGAGAAAAGCAGAGUGAACAUAACGGAGGAGGGGAGAAGGAAAACCCAACGGCUGGAUUUUCCCAGAAGUCAUGUGACCAAACACACACAAGAAGAAUGUUGAGGGCUGACACUGCACUUUAGAGAAAGAGAGAGAGCGGGGGAGAGAGAGGGGGAUUUUCGAUUUCCUUCGUGAUUUUGUGGUACAGCACUAUAUACAAGUAUACAACACUAAUUGUGAGAGAUUUAAAGAUAUCAUAAGUUAAAACUGUUUAUUUAUUUUUCUAUUUGUUAUUUAAAUAUGUGUAUAUUAAUGAACAGAUAAAUAUGAUUUUGAUACAACUGAAAUAAAAAUGUUUUUGAUACAA